AUGGAGCUACGAGGGAACCGCGGCGCAAUGGGUGGUCUGGACGUGAGGGGUCAGGGGUUAGGGUUGGGCAUGCCAGCCAUCGGGAUUCCAGCCAGCUCCAUAAUAACGGCAGUGCAGCAGCAGGACUACUCAUCCAGUGUCUGGCUCCGCAGGAGGGACAAACUAGAACAUUCUCAGCAGAAGUGCAUUGUGAUCUUUGCCUUGGUGUGCUGCUUCGCCGUGCUGGUGGCGUUGAUUUUCUCAGCGGUGGACAUUUGGGGCGAAGACGAAGACGGGAUCACGGAGGAGAACUGUAGCAGGAACUGCAGAGUAGUGCUUGUGGAGAACAUCCCGGAUGACAUCUCCUUCUUAGACAAUGGUACUUCACACCUCCCUCUCUCAGUGGGGCUGUACAGCUUACUGGACCGAGCUAUCCGGGUCGUGGAGAUAGUUUCCCCACUGUGGCUCCUCAACUCGUCUGAUUAUGAAUCCAGCUUCCAGCCUGCUGCCAGACAGGGCAGAGCACUGCUGUCCAGGCUGCAGGGGCUGAAAGCUAAAGGGAUCCAGCUGAAGAUCUCCAGCGGACCAAUCGACUCCACUGAGCUCGGGAUGCUCGCCAAACACUAUGCUGAAGUCCACUAUGUGAACACAACAGCGCUGACCAAAGGCCACCUCCUCUCAUCCUUCUGGGUGGUCGACAGGAGACAUAUCUACAUCGGCAGCGCUAGCAUGGACUGGAGAUCCCUGGCCACAAGAAAGGAGCUGGGCGUGUUGGUGUACGACUGCAGCUGUCUGGCUCUGGACCUCCACAGAGUGUUCAGCCUCUACUGGGGGCUCCAGUAUAAAGACUUCAUCCCCUCCUUCUGGUCUAAGCGCCUCUUUGCCCUCUUCAACAGAGACGCACCGCUGGAGCUCACUCUCAACAGCACAAAGGCUCAGGCCUACGUCUCUAGCUCCCCAGAUGUUUUCAUCCCCAAAGAUCGUAGCAGUGAUCUUGAAGCCAUCUCCAGAGUCAUCCAGGAAGCCCGUCAUUUCAUAUAUAUUUCCAUCAUCGAUUACCUGCCACUCCUCAGCCGCAGCGCUCAAAGGUACUGGUCUCGUAUCGACGGCCUUAUCCGGGAGGCUUUGAUCCUGAGGAAGGUCCGGGUCCGUCUACUGAUAAGUUGCUGGGAAAAGACUCAUCCACUUACUUUCAACUUCGUCUGGUCUCUGAGGAGUCUGUGCAUGGAGCAGGUCAACUGCUCACUGGAAGCUAAGUUCUUCAAUCCCCGAGUACAGAGGGAUGGCAGCCUCCAGGGAAUAAACCACAACAGGUUUAUGGUGACAGACCAAGCUAUUUAUUUAGGUAACCUUGACUGGGUCGGGAAUGAGUUCAACUUAAACGCAGGAGUAGGCCUUGUGAUCAGUCAGCCUGAGGGUGUCGAGGAGAGGAACUCCACAGUGGUGGAGCAGCUACGGGCUGCAUUCGAGAGGGACUGGUUUUCACGUUACACCCGCUCCCUUCAAGCCAAUAAGAUCCCCGUCUGCAACAAGCACCAGAUCAACAGGCUGGUGCAAAUCAAAACCAGUCACAUAGACAAUGGACCAAUGCCUAUCAGAACAGGCCAGCAUGAUAACGGACCUGCGCCGAUGAGAAGCAGUCACAAAGAUGACGGACAGACAGGAGUAAAAACGAGGCACCAUGAUGACAAACUCAGCAAAAUAAGCCACCAAGGCAAGGCCAAUGAACUGGUGCCAAUUAUAGACAGUUACCAAGAAAGGGGACGUGUCAAAAUGAGUCACUUUGACAACAGACAGGUACAAGUAAAAGGUGCUCACCGCGACAAUCCAAUGGAGCCACCCAGUCAGUCAGCUGAGAGCAGCGGCAGCAGAGAGAUCCUCAAUGGGUCCCUGUAA